AUGGUCCGUUUACUUUACGGGAUGGGCCGUUUAGCUCACCUAUUACACUCGUUGCUGAUCAUCUCCACCUUGCUCAACUUUGCUUUCUCAGCAUCUGGUUAUCCUGUCUUUGACCCCCCUGCUACUCCCCGUGCCGCCCUCGUUGCCCUAGUCGAGAAUGGCGAUAUGGAGGCAAUGGUGUCCACCAUCAACCAGAUGGAAACCCACUUCAAUGGACCCUAUGGCUACGACUGGACCCUCUUCAGCCAUGAGGAACUCUCUCUCGAGUUUAAGCAGGCCGCUUCCAAUGCCACACAUGCUGCUGUCACUUUCGAUAUCAUCCCAGAGGAGCACUGCGGUGUCAACGGAGGAGCCUACCACCAUAAAGCCCGUUGGAAUGCCGGUCUCUUUGCACGGGAGCCCCGCCUUCGAUUCUAUGACUGGUACUGGAAAGUUGAGCCUGGAACACAGAUUACGCACGACUUCAACUUUGACGUUUUCCGUACCAUGCACGAUGAGCGCUACUACUUCGGUCUGAAUAGCUUUCCAAAAAUCUCCCCCGAGGCUUCGCAGAUGCUGCUGGAGACUGUCACGCAGUUCAUGGACGAGCACCGCGAGAUUGUCUGGCCCAUAGCCGACAUUGCCUGGCUCAACACCUCGAACACCCAACGCCAUGUCAAUGCAAAACCUGCACCCCGGAAGCAACAGCAACUGCAGCAAGAUUCUUACAAGGAAGGGGCCCAUCUGGCCGUUGGAGAUCACAAUCAGACAGGACUUGGCUUCGCUGCUGCAGACGAUAUCGCCGACAAUGGUUCUCAAGAGCUUGGUAGCAAAACUGGCAGCUCUGCGGUCACGUACAGCAGCAUCUUUUCACGAUGUCCCGAGGCGGGGUCCACUCAGUGCCCCCGUGAGACGCCCUUCGAGCUAGGAAGUCUCCAUACUUUCAGAAGCCCCGAGUACAUCAAGUUCUUCAACCACCUCGACUCCCUCGGCGAGUUCUACUACAACCACAUCGGCGACGUCCCCAUCCGCUCCAUCGGCGCCACUCUUUUCGUGCUCGAGCGAUGGGUCUGGCUCCUCCCCGACACCGAGUGCAAGGUCGGCGAAUAUUGCCCGCCCGAGCUUAAUCUCGGCGAGGUCAGCUUCUUAGCCAGCAUCAACGGCGGUGAUAUUUUUGGCUGGGACGAAGAUUAUGUUCGCUUCGUCAAGAACAAUCUCCUCCUCUGGGUCCAACCCUGGAACGCCAUCCUCGAGGACUUUCGCCGACAAGACGAGGUCCCGGCCCCGCCUCUGGGCCACACGACCCUCGACGACCGCAACCAGGAGCCAAUUUGGGACUGGCAUAUCAAAAUUUACUUAUUCAAAGAGUGGGUUCGCACGUGGACCCUGAUCAAUGUUGACCUGGAGCUGGAGCCCUUUGACAUACCCGGUAACGAAGCCCCGCAGACGACGGAUGUCCCAGCUGAGAAGAAAUCGCUACUGAGCUUCCUGGAAGAGAAGUUAAUCAAGCCCCACGUCGAUAACUACCGCAUUUACGGGGAUGAAUUUGGGAAUAUCUGA